CUGGCCGUUGGCUGUUGACUGUCCAUGAGCAGUGGCUCCUGCAAAUAAAGGAAGUAAAAGCCAUUUUCAGAAUCAGGGAGGACUCAGGAAGAUUCUUGCUGUUUUGCAAUUUCAUGUGCAGUUUUUGCAAAAAGAAGAAGAAAUCUGGAGUUUAUGUUUUAUACCUGACACAGUGACACCAAAGGCUGAGGUUAUGGAGGGCAAGAAACAUGACAGGAAAGUGCCUAUCGUUGAGGAAACAAAGGUGAACGUGCUUAAUGAAACUGAGGCAUCACUAGAGCUUGGUGGCAGCACCAAUUACCAACUUACUGGGACAAACUCAAUCUACUCAGCAAUUCUGAGCAGAAAUGAGGCAGUUAAAGAUGCCAAACGUCUGAAGACUUUUUUGGAACUGCGAGACAAGUAUGUGAGCAAGAACGUUUUGUUUGAAGACCCUCUGUUUCCUGCAAAUGACUCCUCACUCUUCUAUAGCGAAAAACCUUCAAUUAAAUUUGAGUGGAAGCGUCCUUCGGAAAUUUGUGAUGAUCCUCAGUUCAUCAUAGAUGGAGCCAACAGAACAGACAUAUGUCAAGGAGAACUGGGUGACUGCUGGUUACUUGCCGCCAUUGCCUGCCUGACACUGAGCGAGAAGCUGCUGUACAGAGUGAUUCCCCCUGAUCAGAGCUUCAGCGAAAACUACGCCGGCAUCUUCCACUUCCAGUUCUGGCGUUAUGGCGAAUGGAUCGAUGUGGUUGUGGAUGACCGCAUCCCCACCUCCAAAAACCGCCUUGUUUUUACCAAGUCAUUUAGAGAGAAUGAGUUCUGGAGUGCUCUUUUAGAAAAAGCUUAUGCCAAGUUGCAUGGAUCCUAUGAGGCUUUGAAAGGGGGGAACACAUUGGAAGCGAUGGAGGAUUUCACAGGUGGAGUGACCGAGUUCUUUGAGUUGUCCGAGGCACCCAAAGAGCUCUACACCAUCCUGAGGAAGGCGCUGGAGAGAGGCUCCCUGAUUGGCUGCUCCAUAGAUGAUUUUUCAGCCAGUGAGAUGGAGACUCGGACAAGCCAGGGGCUGGUUAGAGGUCAUGCUUACUCCAUCAUUAGCCUGGAGGAGUGUGAUGAAGUUUCAAAGGACACCAAAAUUCGCCUGAUACGAUUGCGUAAUCCUUGGGGUUGGGUGCUCUGGAAGGGGCCCUGGAGUGCAAACUCAAACGAGUGGUCGACCAUCUCCGCUGCAGACAAAGCGAAUCUAAGCAAACAAACUGUUGAGACGAGUGAGUUCUGGAUGUCCUUUGAUGAUUUCAAGAAGAAUUUCACCAAGCUAGAGCUGUGCAACCUGACCCCUGAUGGUCUGCAAGGUGAUGAAAGACAAAGCUGGACAGUUUCAGUCAAUGAAGGUCGCUGGGUGAGAGGCGGCUCUGCUGGUGGUUGCAGAAACUUCCCAGACACAUAUUGGACAAACCCUCAGUAUCGGCUGCAGCUGUAUGAGGAGGAUGACGACCCAGAAGAUGGACAGGUGGCCUGCACUGUAGUUGUGGCUCUGAUGCAAAAGGGCCGGAGGAUGCAACGUCAUAAAGGGGCCAAAUUCCUCACAAUUGGAUUUUCCAUCUAUGAGGUUCCAAAGGAGAUGCAAGGGCAGAAUCAACAUCUGCAGAAGGACUUCUUCCUCUAUAACGCCUCCAAAGCCAAAUGCAAGACCUACAGUAACCUGCGAGAGGUAACGGAGCGUUUUUGUCUGCCUCCAGGAGAGUACGUCAUCAUCCCCACAACCUUUGAACCCCACGAGGAAGGAGAGUUCAUCCUCAGAGUCUUCUCUGAGAAGCAGAGCACAUCAGAAGAGGCAGAGAAUGUCAUCGAAACUGAUCAAACACAGCAAGACAAGAAAAAGAAAGAUAAGCCUAUUGUCUUUGUGUCAGACAGAGCACAUGCUAACAAAGAAAUCCUGCAUGAUGGCAUUCGGGGAGACAAGAGGAAGAAACCAAAGAGAAAACUGCUUGAACCCAAGGAAGAAACUGAAGAGGACAAACAGUUCCGAGCCAUUUACCAAAAGAUUUCUGGUGAGGACAUGCAAGUCUGUGCCAAUGAGCUGAAGACGAUCAUGAAGAAUGUACUUUCCAAACAUAGUGAAAUAAAGUCAGAAGGGUUCAGUCUUGAGACGUGUCGGAGUAUGAUCGCCUUAAUGGAUACUGAUGGGACAGGAAAACUGAAUCUGCAGGAGUUUAAGCACUUGUGGAAAAAGAUCAAGGAGUGGCAGCUCAUCUUCAAACGAUACGAUAAAGACAAAUCCUGCUCCAUCAGCAGUUUUGAGAUGAGGAAUGCCGUUAAUGAUGCAGGGUUUCAACUCAACAAACAGUUAUAUGACAUCAUAGCCAUGCGCUACACAGACGAACACCUCAGCAUUGAUUUUGACAGUUACAUCUGCUGUUUUGUGAGACUGGAGGGCAUGUUCAGAGCUUUCAAUGCCUUUGAUAAAGAUGGAGAUGGAAUAAUCAAACUCAAUGUCCUGGAGUGGCUUCAGCUGACCAUGUACUCUUAGGUCAUCAUGUCCCAAGACUGUCAGCACCUCGUGUGACUCCAUCUUUGUUGUGACUUAAAUAUGUUUUUGCAAUGAUGUUGCAGUUUUAACAAGUUGGCAUGUCAAACUCAGAAGUUUCAUACAUAUCUUUAGUUUUAAAUUCAAAUUCAGACUUCUGUGGUCAUUCAAGUUUAGGAUGUUCCAACUUUAAGGUCUGCAUUAAAUUAAGGUCAAAUCUAUGAAAUGCUUACAUCAGGUUUUAGCUUCCUUCCCUGUGUUGUUAAGAGUAUUCUGUUUAACAAAUCUUUAUGGAAAUCAUGCAAAUUGUUUUUAAAAUGAAAUGGAGAUGAUCACUGUUAAUACUUUUUAUUGCUGUACACAUACACAUACAGUAGAUAUUCAAUUAAAUACAUACUGCAUAGUAUAAAAUAAAAAAAAUGGAUGACUGAUCCGAUCUGAACAGUUUGGCUUGAAACAUGUUACAGUGUUAGAGCGUCAGACAUAUGAAGAUGUGUAACUUAAAAAG